UCGACGCCACUUCUGCUUCGUUUGUCAUCGGCGUUGAGGUAUCCACAGCUCUGUAAAAUGGGUUCCAAACUCGAGAGUGCAAUGGAGGGGCUAAUUCGAGUGUUCCACUCAUACUCUUCAAAAGAAGGGGACAAGUACAAGCUGAGCAAAGUUGAGCUGAAGAACCUGUUACAGGGCGAACUGAGUGACUUCCUGGCGGCAAGUAAGGACCCUAUGGUAGUAGAGAAGAUCAUGAGUGAUCUGGAUGAAAACAAAGAUGGCGAAGUGGACUUUCAGGAGUUUGUCAUCUUGGUUGCUGCGCUGACUGUGGCCUGUAACGAGUUCUUUGUAGCGAGCCUGAAUGAAUGAGUUUGGAAACAGUCUGUGACCUCUGCUUUAUACUCAUUAUUUCUUGUUAAUAAAACAAAUGUGUAUGCUUUAAUUUUUUUUUUGACAGAAACCCGCUAAGGUUUCAAUAUUGUCACAUAAUGGUUAUUUCUAACAGACUCUUUUGACUGUUGUAAAAUGAUUGCCGCUGUCGACUCCUGCAAUGGACUGACCACUUUCAGUGUACUAUCACUCUCAUUGCACUAGUAGUUAACAUUCUGCUCAGAUCAAUAAAGGUGAUUGCUGUCUAAAUAUGUUAAACUCAGCUCAUCGUAGAUUUGAGUGCACAUUACCGGUGCAUGUCUUUUGCAUGUGUAAUCUGGGGCGGUGUGAAUAAAUUCUCAGGAGUGCUGAUUUAGGAUCAGUUAUGCCUUUUAGAUCACAAUGACUAAAAUUACAUGGACAGUAGAGACCUGAUCCUAGAACAGUACUUGUACUGAGACUUUUCAUAUGGCCCCUGGUCUGUGUUAAACACGUCCUUUAACAAACUGUGGCACAUCUUAUAAAAUGUGGCUGAUCACGAUGUACUUGGUGUAACUCUAGCGGGUUGAAUAAAUGGAACAAUUGCACCAACAAAUAAGGUUGAAACGUCUAGAGCUUGCCGGCUUAAAAUGAGCAACAGGUCAGGGGUUUCAUGUAUGGCUGCUGUGUGAAAUACAUUGGACUAAUCCUUCAAAACUACAGGUCGAUUUGAGUGUCAGCGACGAAUGUGUCAAUCCCUGAAGAAAUUCAUGAACAAUGACUACUGGAAACAGGCUUUGGAAAAUAACGAUUCAUCUCAAGUCUAAAUACUAGUCUUUAUUCAUUUACACAAUUUGAAAGAAAAGGGGCACAUUCCAUUAAAGCAAGUUCGUCCAGACAUGAAUAUGAAAAAGCAAUUGCAUUGUAUGGUUGCGUGCCCUUCACUUCUUUCCACAUUCUGAUGAAAUUAGUCAUUUGACUCUGGCCAUGUCUGAAUACCCAUACUUGCAUCCUAAAUAUUUUGAUUAUGCAAAAAAAAGUUUUAUAGUAUGCACCAUUUUGAAAAUCAAGUAUACUUUAAAUAGCCAGAUAUCCUUAUUUCAGCUUUGACAACCAGAUAUGGGGAUGUGCUACCAAAAUUAACCAAUAACAUGAAACAAUGCAAUUUUGCAUGACGCAUUCUCAGUAUGGGAAAACAAAGUUUUAUAGUAUGCAAUUUUCAAAUAUCAAGUAUGGUUUAAAUGUUACUCAUUUCAGCUCAUCUAGUUUACUUCUAUGCACAUUUUUCCACAAUGCAUUGGAAGACAGGGGCUGCGAGUGAUUGGCUACUAGAACUAGGGCCUAACAAAAUUAAACAACUUAAUUAGAAAGAUGCUGAAUAGCAACACUUCUGCGGUGGUGUUCAAAUGUAAUGUUGGCCAAGUAGUUUUUUGUUCUCUUUAAAGUGAUCAUGAGUGUAGCGUCAUAGGCUACAUCUUUUGAAUUCUUUUUUUUUUCACCCAAAGUGGAUUUCUGUUCUCAUUAAAGUGUUCUGAUGUCAUUCCCAA